AAAUAAUUAUUUUAUUUAUUGAAUACAUAACAUACAUAAUAUUGAUAUUUUUAAACAGAUAUAACGUAUCGUAAAUUGUACUGAGGACUAGGAAAAUUUUAACGAUUUAAGUAUCUUGAGAGAGAUAACAAAAAAGUUUACUUCAGUCAAAAGACAGAAAAUUUCCCGGUAACCUCAGUAAACAUCACGCUGUUCUGUUGAAAGAUUACAGAGUAUUGUGAAAUUUGGAAUAUUUUGUAAUUUGAAUUAACCCUACAAGUUGUUAUAAAUGAGUGUGCAGAAGCGGAAGAAGAACCAAUACGAAAUGAAUAAGAAUUAUCAGAAGAAGCGGAGGCAGUAUGUUUUAGAACCAGGAAUGACUGGUUUUCUUUGCACGUGCAACUUUCGUGAGAAAGAUUGCAUACGAGAUGCCUAUAAACUACUCAAUGAAUUUGCUGAUGAACUUUAUGGCUCUGAUGAAGCUAAAGCUUCUGAGGUGAAACAAGAAUCUGAGUCUGAUAAACCUAUGAGCGAGGAUAAGGAUGAAGAUGAUAUUUCUACAGCCCUCAAAAAGGAAAUCAAGGACUUGAAAACUGUUACAGAGAAAUCUCCUACACAGAAACGUUUUCAAGUGAUGGAUACAGGAGUAAAGAAUGUUGUCUUUAUUAAAACUUGUCUCUCAAAUCCAUUGGAAUUGGUUACAGCUAUUAUCAAGCAAUUAGACAGUACCAAAGAACAACGUACUAGAUUUCUUCUAAGAUUGUUACCAAUAGAAGUUGUCUGCAAGGCAUAUAUGAAUGAUAUCAAAUCCAAGGCAGAUAUUCUGUUUGAGAAAUACUUCACGCAGGACCCUAAAACUUUCAGCAUUGUUUUCAAUCGUCAUAGCAACAACAGUAUUGAGCGGAUGAAAGUCAUUGAGGAGCUUGCUAGUAUAAUAAGUGAAAAAAAUCCAGGUAACAAGGCUGAUUUGAAGAAUCCUGAAGUGGCUGUUGUAGUAGAGGUGAUUCGUGGUAAUUGCUUGAUAUCUAUUGCACCAAAUUAUUUCAAAUACAAAAAGUACAAUCUACUCGAACUGUGCAAUCUGAAAGAGAAAGAUGAUAAAAUAGAAGGGAAAGAUGAAAAUAAGCAAGAAAAAGAUGAUAAGGAGGAUAAAGUUGAAGAAAAGCAAGAAGAAACAAAUGAAGAAAAACAGGAGGAAAAGAAACCUAAUAAAGAAUUACAAGUUCAAAAAGAUGCAAAGGAUAACAAUAAACAGACUGAACCAUUUAAACAAAUAAGUGCAGCUGAUGAUAAGAACAGCAAGGAAGAAAAACAAAUUCUCGAAGAACAUGAAUCCUCUCCAUAAAGGAACAUAAAGAGCUUGAACCUGAUGCAAAAUGAAGAGGGAGGCAAAAAUCUUAAUUCUUUGCCAAUUAUAUUAAUUGUUUUACGUUUUCUAAGUCAAUUAUGUCUUGAACGACAUAAUUUUUCUCUAAUAUAUAUUGAUAUAUAUUAUUUCUAAAGAAAAGAUUGACAUUAUUUUGUACCAGUGUAUGUGCUCAAAAAGUGCAUAGGCUCAAGAUAUAACAAUAAAUAUUAAUUAUAAGCAUUUGUAAUUUAAAAGAGA